GAACCAGUCAAUUUACUCGUCAAAAGCAGCGGACUUCGAAAGGUUAUUCAUUUCGAAAGGCAUAAGGGCUUGAAGGGUGCGUGACGUGCGACCACCGCUGGCCGAGGCGUGGCCGAAGCUUCUGCAGCCUGCAGCUCUCCACCUUCCUUGGCCCAAGGCAGCUCCUGCAGAAAAGAUGAAGAUUCAUGUCUGUUCAUUGUCUUGUUGAAUGCAUGCAUCGCCUGUUCCUGAGUUUUGAAGGAAACAUCUGCUUACUUUCUUAUCCAUAAGCAAGCAGUAGUGGUUCGGAGAGGAAGGCGAAUUGGUGGCUCAUUGUCUGGUGUUGCCGUCAAUUGCACCCUAUCUAGCAACUGCAAAAUGAAGGGCGCUCAAGUGUUCGUCGUUCUGUUGGCGUUUGCCACCGCUGCCGGAGCGGCUGCAUCCGCCCCUGAACCUGCUCCGUCCCCAAAGUCACGAGUAUGUGUGCCAGACCACUGGCAGGGGCUUUCCUUCACUCGGGUGGAAGGAAAGGGUAAGAUGAUCCUGGCCAAGUCUGCCGUCGAUGUGGACAGCCAGAAGGCCGCCUCUGAGUUCAUCGCUUUCGGAGGCCAUCAUCACCAUCAUCAUCACCACCACAGGGCUGAGCUCGCCUCUGAGACUCAAGACGUGGAUGAGACCCAGGACAUGUCGUCCCUGCUGAACACUGAUGAGGACCUGGCUUCCGUCGCCAAGAAGCACGGCAAGGGCGUGGUGAAGGUCAUCGCUGACUUCUCAAAGGAGAAGGUUUACAUCACUUACCACAAGACCUGUGGCGAUUCAAACGUCACCUUCUGCAAGGUGAAGGACUUCGACCACCCGGCUGACCUCUCCACCAUGCUGUGCCUCCCCGAGAAGGCCAAGAAGGGUGGCACCAUCGUUGUUGGAGGGUCCCUUGAUGUCGACAUGUACUUCAUCAAGGCCAAGAAGGCAAUCGUCGUGGUGUCCCUUACCUCCGAGAGCAACAUCCCUGUCUCCAUCAACGCCGCAAAGAAGUGCCACAGCGCUGUUCAUACCAACUACUUCAACAUCACAAAGGACAUCGACGAGGGCUUCUUUGACGUCCCCGCCUCCUGUGAGGGGAAGAUGGAGGUUUCCCUGCCUUUGUCUCUCGCCAAGACUUUCGAGGAGCCUUCUUUCGGCAACCCUGCUGCCGAGCUGUUCAGCGGCGCCAGCUAUGAUGACAUGGAGAAAUACGACGACAGCAAUGACGAGAGCUUCUUUGGAAGGAUUGCAAAGACAGUGGCCGCCUUCUGGCGUGGCGUCUUCGGGUCUCGCCCUACGGAGACCAACGAAGCGUUUAUUUCAGCCCCCAAAAUCCGCAUGUAUGGGCAGGCGUAAGAAGAACUAUCUCUUCUGGGAUGUUUGCUGUAGAAAUGAGUAAUCUGCUGAGAGGGAGGGGCAGGGCAAAAAAGGCCCUGCCGCCCCUAGCUUUUUUGGAUGUAGAGCAGCCGCCAUGAAGAGCAAUAGCACAAGGAAUUCAAUUCAGUCCAAGUGCAGGACGGAGAAGCUGCCUUUUCUUUACCAUUCACUUUAGUUGUACACUAUGUAGUCUGGCCUGCAGUGAAACUUAGCUGUACCCUUGAUACUCUUUCAUCUAGUCGUUAUCGUGGUUACAUGUAAAUUCAUCACAUUUGUAUUUUUUUGGUGCAAAGCUCGCUUAGUGUACG